UCCGGAAGUGAACGUUUGAGUGGGUUCAGGCGGAUGUAGCUCAAAGUGAAGCCGCUGUAACGAAAAACUGUUCAUCUAUUUUCUCCUGAUCUUUUGUGUGUGAUGGCACUUCAACUGAAAGACAAAGACGCUUACCAAAGACUGAACUAUCUUUACCAGGCUGCACAUUGUGUUUUAUCCCAAAACCCGGAAAAUGUGGAGCUGGCUCGUUUCUACUGCUUCACACAGAAAACCAUUGCAAGACGUUUAGUUCUCAGGCAAGACCCAUCAGUGAAGAGAACAUUAUGCAAGAAGUGCUGCUCAUUGCUCAUCCCUGGUGUAACCGCUACAACAAGACAACGAAGAAAAAACCGCAAGACCCGCUUCACUGUUUUGAGGUGCCUCAGCUGUGGGCAGAGCAAGACGUUACUGAAUGAUCCGGAUCAUUGUUUAUGGGUGGACCGUCCUGAGGCUCAGAUGGGGCAACAAAAGCAGCCAGAUCCAGGCCCUUCUAUUAAAAAAGAGCCGAAAGGCAAGAAGCCUGAUGGGACCGUGUCUUCUAAACCCAGUGCUGCCCAGAGCACUGCCAGCACGUAGCAGCAGUGUCCCCCCCCCCCCAUCUGACUGUGAAAUAUGAAGGACUUCUUGUUUUUUUUUUUUAAAGAUAUGUGUAACUUUAUUAUGUUGCAUAAAUCCACAAUCUUUAAGUUGCUUUUUAGAUGUAGUAACUUUUUUUUUCUUGGCCUCUGUGAGAUCAUUUUCAGUAUCUCUGUGCUGUCACAGUGUGACUUUUGAAGCUACCAACAGAGGGCCACCAUGUGCUGCACCUUCUAAAGGAAGAAGUGUUGGACAAAGUGUUGGUAAUGAUUUUAUUGAAAACUGCAUACAAGAAUCAAAUAAUUAAAUUAAUUUGUCAUUAUUA